ACCACAGGUCAAUUUUUGCUUUUCGAAUUUAUAUGAACAAUUGAUCUCAAACCUCCUCCUCAUUGUAUACUACCCUAGGUUAGUUUCACGUUAUUAAAAUCCAGGCAGGAUGCCUCGAUUCCAAGUGCCCAGAGGCACAAGAUGCUUGCUGGGCCGUAGUCCGGCCUCUCCGAAUCCAGGACGGUUAAGGAUGCCCAGGCAUUUUCACUAUAUAUCUAAAUGCACACCUCGGCAUCCACAAAAUGCAUCACCACCAUCAACAAUAACAACACCAGCUCUAGCCCUCAGCUUCCCUAAAACAAACAACCUAAUCCUCUACCGGAACGCCCACACCAUCGACUCCCCCUCGUCUUCACCCGCCACCGCCACCGCCACCACCUCACCGGCGCCCUACUCCCCACCCACCACCGGCAUCCUCGCCCAGCUCCCACGCUCAUGGGUCCCUUACGCAGAACUAAUCCGCAUCGACAAGCCAACCGGGACCUACUACCUCUUCUUCCCCUGCCUCUUCUCCACUCUCAUGGCCGCGCCCCUCGCGUCACCCCUAAUCCCGGGCCCCCUCACCGUCGUCGGCACCGCGACGCUCUUCUUCGCCGGCGCCCUCAUCAUGCGCGGCGCAGGCUGCACCAUCAACGACCUCUGGGACCGUAACCUCGACCCGCACGUAACACGGACGCGGGAUCGCCCCCUCGCGCGCGGCGCCAUCACGCCCUUCCGCGCCCUGACCUACACCGGCGCCCAACUGCUAGCCGGGCUCGCCAUACUCCUGCAAUUCCCCCUACCAUGUCUCUUCUACGGUGUACCCAGCCUCCUCCUCGUCGCCUCGUACCCGCUCGCGAAGCGCGUAACCUACUACCCGCAGUUCGUGCUCGGGUUGACCUUUAGCUGGGGUGCCGUGAUGGGCUUUCCCGCGCUCGGCGUCGACCUCCUCGCCAACAGCGCAGCGAUGAGCGCCGCGGGUUUGUUGUACGCGAGCAAUGUGGCGUGGACGGUGCUGUACGACAUGAUCUACGCGCACAUGGACAUCAAGGACGACGCCAAGGCGGGCAUCAAGAGCAUUGCGCUGAAGCACGACGCCGAGACCAAGAAGGUGCUCACGGGCUUGGCGGUCGUGCAAAUCGGGCUGCUGGGUGCGGCGGGUAUGGCGGCUGGCGCGGGGCCUGCGUUCUUUGUUGGCAGCUGUGGGGGUGCUGCAUUAACGCUGGGGUGGAUGAUUAAGAGAGUGGAUCUGAAGAGCGUCAAGGACUGCUGGUGGUGGUUCGUCAAUGGAUGUUGGAUCACUGGUGGCGUGAUCAGUCUCGGGCUAGGGGCCGAUUAUCUGCUGAGGUAUAUUGGGAAGCAACCGGUCCAAGAAACGGAGGAAAAUUAGAACGGUAAAAAGCAAUCUGUACAAUUAUGUAUUUGGGACUGAAAAUCUAGAACAUCAGGUCCGGGUUAGAGAAGACUUGGGGCAAGUCUGUACAAACUACAGCUCACAACCAUAGAAUUAUGCAUCCAACAUCACGAUGAACAAUGAAAAUUAUUAUGAG